AUGGACACCAUGUUGACGGGCAAUGAAAAAGCCGCUGCCUAUCUGGAUGAUAUAAUCGUCACUGGUUCGAAUCUGGAUGAAUUGUUACAACGCCUUGAGACCAUGCUCAGUCGGAUUCAAGACCAUGGUUUCCAUCUGCGUUUGGAGAAGUGCGUUUUCAUGCGUACUGUGGAAUAUCUCGGAUUCAUAAUCGACAAGGACGGUCGUCGCCCAGAUCCUGAAAACAUCAACGUCAUCAAACAAAGGCCUCCACCAAAAGACAUAAAUUCCUUACGCGCUUUCAUGGGUCUUAUGAGUCACUAA